GCAGGUGGCAGUGCUGAUGCGGCUGAAUUAAUAACAAAGUAGAAGAAGACGCCAGCAAAUUCUAGAAAAUGUCUGAGUACGAGAAGAUACAGAAAAGUUCCCUGAAAUUAAAGGGUGUCGGGGAGCUCUCAGCUGGGAAAAAAAAAAAGAAGAAGUCAGAGAGCAAGCAUCGCAUGGAGCAGGUUGUGACAAGUCAAAACGAUGAGGAGGAGGUGAAAACAAAGAAGGCUUACAUUGACAAAAGGACACCAGCGCAAAUUGCUUUUGACAAGACGCAAGAAAAGAGGCAAAUGGAACGGAUUUUGAAGAAAGCAUCAAAGACACACAAACACAGAGUUGAAGAUUUCAAUCGCCACCUGGACACACUGACAGAGCAUUACGAUAUUCCAAAAGUCAGCUGGACCAAGUAAAGACAAGCAGAUGUUUGUGGUUUUUCGUUUUUUGAAUGUUCUAUUGGAUUCAUUUGGGAAUUUCUUUUGUGUUGUAAAUUUGUUGUGCACAAUAAAGGAGUAUUGAACAUC